AUGUCGCUUUUAGCCAUAGGAUCAGAAGAUGAUGUUCGCUUUAUUGGGAUUUGGGGGAUGGGGGGUAUUGGUAAGACACCUCUUGCUAGAGUUGUUUAUGACAAGGUUUUUAAUGAAUUUCAAGGUGGUUGUUUUAUCGCUAAUGUUAUGAGUGAAUCUGAAAAAUGUGGGUUAGUUCCAUUACAACAAAAACUUAUUCAUGAGAUUUUGAUGGGGAAAAGUGUAUAUAUAAGGGAUGAUUGUGAUGGAGUUCAUAUGAUCAAGAAUAGGUUAUGUCAUAAAAAAAUUCUUCUUGUUCUUGAUGAUGUAGAUCAAUUUGAUCAGCUAGAAAAGUUAGCUGGGGACUCUAAAUGGUUUGGUUCAGGAAGUAGAGUCAUCAUAACAACAAAAGAUCGACAUUUGUUGGGAAGGCAUGAAGUACAUGAAAUUUAUGAGGCUCAAGGAUUGAAAUAUAUUGAGGCUCUUCGUCUUUUUAGUUUGAAAGCAUUCAAAGAACGUGAUCCACCCAAAGGUUAUCUAGACUUUUCCACAUCUUUUGUAGAUUAUGCUAAAGGUCUACCUUUAGCUAUUAGUGUUUUGGGUUCUUUGUUGUACAAUAGAAGUAAGAAGGAAUAG